AUGCUUGGGUAUUAUGAUUCAGGAAAUGGUGGGGAUUUGGAUGAUCCGAAAUCAACUUCAGGUUACGUGUUUACCUUGGGAGGUACGACCGUGAGUUGGCAAUCUUCGCUAAAUGAUGUUGUAGCUCUUUCAACUACGGAAGCGGAGUUCAUGGAGAAUACCGAGGCAUCCAAGGAGGCAAAGUGGCUCAAUGGUAAUGUGGCUCUGUUUCAUGAUAAGAUAGAAAAUCAAUUUGGCGAGCAAUAUCCUACUUCAUUUGUUUCAAGUGAUGAAUCUAAUUCAGCUGUCAUUCCAGGUUCAAUUGGCCAAUCACUGAAUAAACAUGAAAUUGGAGGAGUUUUACUUGGUCAAGUAAGAUCAACAUUGGAUGAUAUACAUGAGCUAUAUUGUCAGCAUGCUGCUAUAGUAGGAUUCAGUCAUGUUAUAAAACACAAUCAUCCACUUACUAGAGAACCAUUAAAUUACCUUCAUAGAUCUGAGCGUCAGAUGAGUGAUCCAAAGAAACAAACCAUACAAGCUAUGCAAGAGUGUGGACUGAGGCCGAUAGAUUCAUUCCGAUAUAUGAGUACAGAAGCUGGUGGUGAAGAUGUAUUGGGUCAUUCCAUGAAGGACCACUUCAACUGCUGUUAUAAACUCAAAAAAAAACCAAUUGAGGAAAAGGAUUCACAAAAAGUUGUUGAUAACCUUUAUGAGCAGAUGCAAACAGAUAGUAACUUCUUCUUUAGAGUAAGAUUGAAUGAUGAAGGAAAGGUUUGCUGCUUGUUUUGGAGAGACUCUAUGAUGCUUGAGGACUAUACAAUCUUUGGAGAUGUUAUGGUUUUUGAUACUACAUAUAGGACAAACAAAUAUAAUCUUAUUUGUCCAUCAUUUGUAGGAAUUAAUAACCAUUGGAAAAACACAAUGUUUGCAUGUGCAUUUCUUGCAGAUGAGACAAUACCAUCAUUUGAAUGGCUUUUUGAAACAUUCAAGAAGUCAAUGAAAGGUAAAUGCUCAAUAACUAUAUUCAGCGACCAAGAUGCUGCAAUUGCAGGAACAAUAAAAAAGGCUUUCCCAACCUCAAGACACAGGCUAUGUUUAUGGCAUUUGAGUCAAAAUGCAAAUCAACAAUUUGGAUUGAUGAAAGCUGAUAAGGAAUAUAAGAACAUUUUUCACAAGUGUCUCAGUGGUUGCAUUACAACAACAGAAUUUGAACAAACUUGGACCACAAUGACAACAAAAUACAAACUAGAAGAUGAUCGCUGGUUCAACAGAUUGUAUAAUUUGAAAGAAAAAUGGUGUACAGCAUUUAGCAAAGACUUCUUCUCUGCUGGAAUACUAUCUUCACAGAGAAGUGAAAGCGCAAACCAUGCUAUUGGGUUUAAGGCAAGCAAAACCACUAGCUUAAGUGACUUCUUUUCAAUAUUCCAACAGACAAUAAUAAGGUGGAGAAGACAGGAAGAAAGGGAUGAUUUUGACUGUACAAAAGGAGUACCAAAAUCAGAUCUCUGCAUGAGUCCACUAUUAAAACAUGCUGCUUUAGUGUACACACAUACUCUUUUCAGAGAUUUUGAGGAUGAAUUCAAACAUGCAAUGGCAAGUGCAAUUGAACUAGUUGGUACACAAGGGAACACUCUGACAUACAGAGUUUUCCUCAAUGGCAUUGAUGGUUCUUCUCAACAAGUCUCAUUCAAUUACCCAGAGAUGACAAUUGAGUGUGGAUGCAUAAAUUUUCAAGAAUCAGGUUGGUUGUGCUUUCAUGCCAUAAGAGUUCUACACUUACAUUCUGUCCAAAAAAUUCCAGAGAAAUACAUAUCAUCAAGGUACUAUAACCUCAUAUUAAAGAGCCACAGAAUAGAACCAGCUAGAGCAGUGACAGAGGAAAGUUUCAAGAAAACAAAUUCAAGAGUUGAAGAAUUAAUAAAGAUAGAAGAAGCAAAAGCAUCAGCAGAAAAAGCUAAAGCUCAUGAAAAAGCAUUACAAGAAGCAGCUGCAGCAUUACACGCUAAUGAGAGUCAAGAAAACAACGCACAAAAAUCACCACCAAUACCAACAGUCUUGGAUCCAGAUAGAGCAGUCACAAAAGGAAGAGACAACAAGCGAAUAAAGGGACACUAUGAUUUAUACAAGAAGGCCUCAAAAAAAGGGAAAAAAAGAAACAAGGAGUUUGGAAGUAUAACUCCAAAAGAACAUCUGUUUUAA